AUGGUGCUCAACAGGUUUGGGAGCCGAUACCAGGCCCUACUCUCCGGGGCUCCGGUGCAGAAGAUCAGGAAGGCCGACGCCGGUUCCAACAAGAAGGUGGCUCCGGCCGUCAACGCGAGAAAUCUGGACGAGGCGGCGUCGCUGGACCGGGUCUCAUCGAAUGUGAGGCAGGCGAUACAGAAGGCGCGGCUGGAGAAGAAGAUGAGCCAAGCGGAUCAGGCCAAGCAGAUCAACGAGAGGCCUCAGGUGGUCCAAGAGUACGAGAACGGGAAGGCCGUGCCGAACCAGGCCGUACUGACGAAGAUGGAGAAGGUUCUGGGCGUAAAGCUGAGGGGAAAGACUGGAAAGUGAUCGUGGCUCUUGAAACGACGUAGUAUAUGCCAUAUGGUGGUGUUGGUGUUGGACAUAUGUAU